AUGGCUCUUCGGUACACGCCGCAGCGCGUGCUCACGCAGUUGCCCGAGAGUGUUCGCGUCGCGCUCCAGUAUACGAUUGUGUUCGUCUCGAUUCACUACUUGCAGUGGAUGUGGGCGGCCACCGCCGUUCUCGUCUAUCUCUACUACAUGGGCUAUGGCUACGUGGCCGUAGCGCUCUUCGCGCUGUACCUCCCGACGUACUUGAACGGCGCGCACCGCAAGGUGACGCCGGCGACGGGCGGGAAGCAGUGGACGAGCCUGCGCAACCACGGCAUGUGGAACCUCAUGUGCGAAUACCUCGGCAUGGAAAUUGUCCGUGAAGAAGCGCUCGAUGCGACCAAGCAGUAUGUGUUUGCCUACCACCCGCACGGCAUCCUUGUGCUCUCGCGGCUCUCGUACUACGCGGGCAACUUUGAUGCGCUUUUCCCCGGCAUCCACGCCCGCGUCCUCGCCGCGACGCCCAUGUUUUACGUCCCGUUGGGCCGCGAGAUCUGCCUCUGGCUCGACGCGGUCGAUGCGUCGCGGGCCACGGCCCAAAAGGUCCUCGACAACAAGCUCAGCAUCAUCGUGUACCCGGGCGGCUCGAAAGAAAUCUUCCAGACCAACCCCAACUCAAAGGAGACAGUGCUCGUGUUGAACCAUCGCCUCGGGUUCAUCAAGCUCGCCAUCAAGAACGGCGUCGAGCUCGUACCCAUCUUUGUCUUUGGCGAAAAGUGGAUGUACAACAUGUGGAACCCGCCCAAGUCGGUGACCGAGGCGUUUUUGACGUACCUCAAGGUCCCGAUGCUACUCUUCUGGGGCCGCUUCUGCACGUGGAUGCCGUACCAGCUCACGGGCAAGCGCAAGCUCGGCGUCGUGUACGGCAAGCCGAUCCCCGUCCAGCAAAGCGACAACCCGACCGACGACGAGGUCGCCGCGGUCCAGGCCAAGUACGUCGAGAGUCUGCAGACGAUCUUUUCAACGUACAAGGCGAGCUUUGGCUACGACGAGGACGAAACCCUCGUCAUUGCUUGAGACACAUUGUCCAUCAAACAUACAUGGUAUUUUGCUG